AUGUCAAAUUUUGAAACAUAUACAGCACUUGUGAAGGAACUUGACAUUCCGAAGGAAGACAGGUUGGCAUUUAUAAAAGAACUACUAAAGAAAGAUGAAGAGAAAGCUGCUAAAGAGAAAGCUGAGAGAAAAGAAGAAGAGAAGGCUAGAGAAGAAAAAGCUGCUAAGGCGAAAGCUGAAGAAAAAGAAGAAGAGAAGGCUAGGAAGACAGAAGAGAGGGCUAGGAGGUUAGAGGAAAGGAAUUGGAAAAUAGAAGAUGAUGAAAGAAAGCACAAGCAUGAAACAGAACUGAGAAGAAUAAAUAGUACUGAACAGGCGGGUGAGCACUCAACCAGAUUACAGCUGAAAUUCAGGGACUUAAGAGAAGGAGAAGAAAUAUUAAACUACCUAACACAAUUUGAGUGCAUUGCCACAACUAAUAACUACAGUAGAAGCAUGUGGGCAAGUACUUUGCUGAGCAGGCUCACAGGUGAAUGUUUAAACAUAAUUGGCACGCUUACUGAUAUUCAAAAAAAGGACUAUGACCAUAUUAAAAAGAAACUACUCACUUGUUAUGGGAAGUCAGAGGACGAGUAUAGAAAAGCCUUUGUGGCGAUGAAACUGGAGAGCCACCUGGACACAACGGCCACUUUAUUUAAAAUGAAGGAAAACUUGCUAAAAUACUUUGAACUAGCGGAGAUAGACACAACUGAUCCAAAGGCUCUGUUAGAUCAGUUUCUAAUCCUCAAAAUUUAUGAUGAAGCGGGCAAGGGCUUAUUCAGCUUUCUAAAAGAAAGGAAAAUAAAAACGGAAGAUCAGCUUAGAAUAGCGGUGGCAACGUUCAGGGAUUCACACCCCCAUGAGCAGUUGUCGGCAGAGGAAACCGUACUGGCACAGACAGUAGCGGGCAGAUACGAACAGCUACCGAGAACACAAUCGCCGACAAGAAAAAGGCGUAACAGCCUGCCUAACAUUGGAAAGAGUAGACCAAUAAGGAUAACAUGUUAUCACUGUGGUAAAGAAGGUCACAUGCGAGCUGAAUGCUGGAGGCUGAACAAUAUGAAUGACAGACAGCGACAAGGUCCUAAUAGCAGUGGGAGGUAUAAGAGCUGGGGAUACCAGCACAAUAGAAACAGCGGUGACUAUACUAACCGUAGGGAAUAUUCACCACCGAGUCCAAGCAGAUACUAUAGUGGUACCAACAGAAACCCGCAAGACUACAGGAAUAAUUCUUUCAACCAAGGAAGUAGGCUGUCAUUUAAUAAUAUUGAAAGGCAGAAAAAUAAUAACGGUGAUACGGAAGCGAAACAAAUAGUAGCUACUGCCCGUGAUGCUAAUGGAAGAUUAUUUUAUUUCCCAGCGGUAUUGAAUGGGAAAAACACACUUUGCCUAAGGGAUACAGGCUGUACAACAUUGAUUGUUGACAAAGCAAUGGUAAAAGAAUCAGAUUACACCGGAGAAGUACAAGAGGUCAGGUUAGCUAAUAGGAUGUCUAUCCAUUGUGAUAUGGCGAAGAUUGAAAUAGACUGCCCAUGGGUUACGGGUUCAUUCACAGCAGUUGUGAUGGAGAACCCUAUUUGUCCUCUAAUAGUUGGCAACAUCCCGGGUAUUCCGGAUGACUCAAUGAAAUUUUUAGAAGCAUGGCAAGCCAAAAAAGGUAAGAUGGUUGUAAACGCCAUUAUACAGGAUGAUAACGCAGAGAAGCUAAAACCUAUAGUACAAACGCACUUAACAGCGCCUGAGAUGGCAAGGCUACAAAAAGAGGAUGAAGUCACAAAAAAACUGAUGAAUAACAUCAAUAAACGACAAGGAAAGUACAGAGGCCACUGCUAUGAAAUAAAAAAUGAUAUACUGGUUAGAAUAUUUCAGAAUAACAGCAUUAAAAGGACACAAAUAGUCAUUCCAGAGACACUGAAAGGUCUAGUCUUGGAGACAGCACAUGAUAGUCCUUUGGCUGGGCACAUGGGAGUCAGGAAAACUAUAAAUAGAAUCCUUGACAACUCGUUCUGGCCGGGAAUCCAUCAGGAUGUGAAAAGAUACAUUGGUAAAUGCAAGCAAUGUAUAACUAAAAAUCAUCUACACAGCAAACAUAUUGCUCCUAUACAGCCAACUGAUAAAAUAGGAAGGGUGUUUGAGAAAGUGGCUAUAGACAUAGUAGGACCUCUACCAAUUGCAUCAAAAAAAGGUCACAGAUUUAUUCUAACUUUAAUAGACAUGGCGUCCAGAUGGCCAGAAGCUAUACCCCUAAGGGAUAUAAAAUCCGAAACUAUAUGUUCUGCAUUAUUAGACAUUUUUUCAAGAUAUGGUUUUCCUGAAACUCUGCUGUCAGACAACGGCAAACAAUUUACCUCUAAUGUGACUAAUGCAUUAACAAAGCUGCUGAAGAUUACUCAGGUACACUCGACCAUCUACAGACCGCAAGCAAACGGUAUGUGUGAACGGUGGAAUAAAACACUCAAGGUAAUGCUAGCAAAAGCUACAGAAGAUCAUCCUAAGGAGUGGAAUGAGUAUAUUCCGGCGAUACUGUUCGCCUAUAGAGGAACAGUGCAUGACGCGACGGGGUACUCGCCAUUUGAAUUAAUGUUUGGAUCAAAUCCAAGAGGGCCGCUUUCGUUGCUAAAUGAUAGAUUACUUGGCACUCAAAUCACUGAACAAGAUGCUUUUGAGUUCAUUACUGAAAAGAAAAGCAAAAUGGUAUAUGGAUUACAAUCUGCUCAACAAAAUGCGGAGGGAGAGGCAAGUAGACAGAGAAAAUUGAAAAACAAAAAUAGAUACCUCAGGCAAUUGAAGGAGACAGACAAUGUCUAUGUUUGGCUACCUACCUGGAAAGGGGUCAAAUUAUGGCAGGGACCAUUUGUGAUUAAAAAGAAAGUGAACGAAGUAGAUUAUGCUGUGGACAUCAAAGGCACAAUAAAGAUAGUACAUGUUGAUCUACUGAGGAAAUACGAUAACAUGCCUGAGCAGAUAACUCAGGUGAUGGAGGACAUUAAUACACAUGACACUGACAUAAAUGAGGAAGUUGGUCGUGAUGAAGAACUGCCAAAACGUCAAAUAGAAGAACAAUCUAGCGUAGUAAUUAUAGAGGAACAACCUACCUUAGCGAACAUAAUUCAAACAGAAGAAGAAAUCCAGCAAAUUACUCCGCUGAAGUACAGAAAAGAACUACAGCAGUUAUUGAACGAAUUCAAAGAUGUCAUUACUGAAGAUACUGGCUACACAAGAACGAUUACUCAUGUCAUAGAAUUAAACAAGGAUGCUAAUUUCAAAAAGAAACAAUAUGCAGUACCUUAUGCAUACAGAGAAGCAGUGAAGAAAGAAUUAAAUCAUUUGAUCGAAACUAACAAAAUACAACGCUCAAAUUCAUCUGUAGCUUCACCAAUGGUGAUAGUAAAAAAGAAGAAUGGAAAAGUAAGAAUUUGCUGUGACUAUAGAGAUUUGAAUAAAAUCACGAAAAUAGACGCAGAACCACUGAGAGAUACUAAUGAACUAUUGGAAGAGAUAGGGAACUCAACAAUUUUCACUCAUCUGGACUUAAACCGAGGUUUUUGGCAAAUAGGUAUGGAUGAGGAAUCCAAACACUACACAGCGUUUACAACUGAUGAAGGAUUAUUUGAGUGGAAUGUUAUGCCUUUUGGCCUAGUAAAUUCAACAGCAACAUUCUCCAGAUUUAUGAGAAUAAUGCUGGCAGAUAUAAAGAAUGUAGUACAUUUUGUUGAUGACAUAUGUAUUCAUUCUAAGGAUAUCAAGACACAUAUGCAGUCAGUUAGAGAGGUACUAACAAAAUUAAGGGAGCAUGGCGCGACUAUUGCACCUGAAAAGUUAAAAUUUGCAAAUGAAGAAAUGGAUUUUUUGGGAUUCAAAGUAGGCAAAAAUCAAAUUAGACCUACUGACGGAAAUAAAAAUAAAAUUCUCAACUUAGAAAUACCUAAAACCAAGAAAGAAGUCAAAGGUGUAUUGGGUCUAUUUAAUUUCUACAGCAAAUUCAUACCCAAGUACUCAGAUAUAACUCUACCUCUAAGACAGCUAAUUACCAAGGACAGCAGUAGAACAAUAAAUUGGUCUAAAGAAUGUCAGGAUGCUUUACAGCUAAUAAAGCAGUACUUUGAACAUGAAGUAACGCUUACUGCCCCUAACUUUGAGAAGACACUAACACUGGUAACGGAUGCUUCAAAUUAUGGAUUGGGUGCAUGUUUAAUGCAAGAAGUGGACAAGGUACUACGGCCUAUAUUUUAUCUGAGUAGAUCACUAAAUAAAACGGAACAAAACUACUCAACCGUAGAGAAAGAAUGUCUGGCCAUUGUAUGGUCCAUGACCAAACUGCAGAAAUACUUAUUAGGAAGAAAAUUCAUUCUCCUCACCGAUCACAAGCCAUUGUUAGCUAUGAACAACAAAUGGAUAGCCAACAGCAAGAUAAACAGAUGGUUAUUGAUUCUGCUGGAUUUUCAGUAUGAAAUUAAGUCUAUAAAAGGGAAGGAUAAUGUAGUAGCAGAUUUUUUGUCUCGGCAAAAUGUUGACAGUACAGAAACUGAGCCUACCCUAAACCACAUAAGUCAACAUUUAUAA